AUGCUCGGCUCACUCUCCAACAUGCAACCCCGCCAACUAGCAACCCAAGUCCUAAACUUCGCUCUCGUCCUCAGCACAGCAUUCAUGCUCUGGAAAGGCCUCUCGGUCGCAACCGACUCGUCCUCUCCCAUCGUCGUUGUGCUGUCCGGAUCCAUGGAACCCGCCUUCCAACGCGGAGACCUGCUGUUCUUGUGGAAUAGAGGGCUGGACACAAAGGUUGGAGAAGUGGUAGUGUAUAAUGUGAGGGGCAAGGAUAUCCCUAUCGUACAUAGGGUUGUCAGGAGAUUUGGCGGCGGUGUUGGACUUGACGCACCUCCCCUCCAACUCCUCACAAAGGGCGACAACAACGCAGCCGAUGAUACCGAACUCUACGCCAGAGGCCAGGACUUUUUGAACCGUAAGACAGACGUUAUUGGCAGUGUGGUUGGCUAUGUUCCUUUUGUGGGCUACGUUACCAUCCUUCUGGCCGAGUACCCUUGGCUCAAGACUGUGAUGCUGGCCUUUAUGGGCUUGACGGUCGUCUUCCAAAGGGAAUGA